AUGUGGGAGUUCAGGCUCCUGCGGUCGCCACCGCUGCUGCUCCUCCUGCCGCAGCUCAGCCUCGGAAUCGCCGCGUCCCGCUCGCAGGCCGAAACCAUGAACCUGGGCGGCGGCAGCGGUGCGCCGUUCUCCCCGUCGGCGGAGGGGCGCCGGACGCAGUGCCUGCAGCUGUCCACGGUGCCGGGAGCUGACCCGCAGCGCAGCAACGAGUUGCUCCUGCUGGCGGCGGAGACAGCCGGGGAGGGACCGGAACGGCGGGCCCUCCCUGGGGACCGGGCGAAGGAGGAGCCGCAGCCAGCGUCCCAGCAUCACGUUCUCUAUUUCCCGGGGGAUGUGCAGAAUUACCAUGAAAUUAUGACUCGUCAUCCUGAGAAUUAUCAGUGGGAAAACUGGAGUCUAGAAAAUGUGGCCAACAUUUUAGCCCACCGGUUCCCCAAUAGUUACAUUUGGGUGAUAAAGUGUUCUCGAAUGCAUUUGCACAAAUUCAGCUGCUAUGAUAAUUUUGUGAAAAGUAAUAUGUUUGGUGCUCCAGAACACAAUACUGACUUUGGAGCUUUUAAGCACCUUUAUAUGUUAUUAGUUAAUGCUUUUAACUUAAGUCAGAACAGUUUGUUAUCAAAGAAGAAUGUGAAAGAUUUGAAUCAGGACUCCAAAGCAUCUAAUUGUAGAUCCAGUUCUUCUCACACUACUAAUGGUUGCCAGGGAGAAAAAGAGAGGACCUGUGAAAAGUUUGAUGAGUCUGCCAUGAGUUUUUAUCCACCAUCACUAAAUGGUGCUUCUUUUACUUUGAUCGGAUUCAGUAAAGGUUGUGUUGUUUUGAAUCAAUUGCUUUUUGAAUUAAAAGAAGCCAAGAAAGACAAGAACAUAGAUGCUUUUAUCAAAAGCAUAAGAACAAUGUACUGGCUGGAUGGUGGUCAUUCCGGAGGAAGCAAUACUUGGGUUACUUAUCCAGAAGUCUUGAAAGAAUUUGCACAAACAGGAAUUAUUGUUCAUACCCAUGUAACACCUUACCAAGUAUGUGAUCCAAUGAGAUCUUGGAUUGGAAAGGAGCACAAGAAAUUUGUUCAAAUACUUGGAGAUUUUGGUAUGCAGGUGACUAGCCAAAUUCAUUUUGCAAAGGAAGCUCCUUCCAUAGAGAAUCACUUCAGGGUUCAUGAAGUAUUUUGA